GUUCUGAGGAGCAACGCGUGGACUGAGCAUCUUUCUUACUACUGAAUGAAAAGAGAGGAAGGGACGCGCAUUUGUGCUGCUUAUCUACCAGACAUUUACUUAUAUCCAGAGAAAUAUCUGACAAUAGAAAGAAAACAAACAAGGGCUUCCUCUGAGAAGUGACAAGAAUAGAAGAGCGACAGAAUCAGUUUACAGGGAUUCCCAGCACAGUUUGUACCCAAUGACCCUGGAGAUGGCUUCUGAAGCAUUGGAGAUCCUUGGUCUGUCUCUCAGCGUCCUGGGCUGGGUCGGGGUGAUCCUGGCCUGUGGGCUCCCUAUGUGGCAGGUCUCAGCCUUCAUAGAGCAGAACAUAGUGACCGCGCAAAUCAUCUGGGAAGGUUUAUGGAUGAACUGUGUGGUGCAGAGCACUGGGCAGAUGCAGUGCAAGGUCUACGACUCCAUCCUGGCUCUCUCCCCGGAGCUGCAGGCGGGCAGGGCUCUCACUGUGCUGGCUUCCAUCGUGGGACUCAUUGGGCUCCUGGUCACGGUGGUGGGAGCCCAGUGCACCACUUGUUUCCAGGGGAGCAGCAUGAAGGGGCGUGUGGUGUUGGCCGGCGGGGUCAUCUACAUCUUGUGCGGGAUCAUGGUCCUCAUCCCGCUUUGCUGGAUCGCCAACAUCGUUAUCAGAGAGUUCUUCGAUCCUAUGGUGCCUGCAUCAAAGAAGCGAGAGAUGGGGGCGGCUCUGUAUAUAGGGUGGGCUGCUACUGCCCUUCUGCUCCUCGGGGGCUCCCUGCUCUGCUGCUCCUGCCCUAAGCUUACUCAGAGCUCCCUGCCGGUCAAAUACUCUGCCUCCCGCAGACCCACCUCUAACGGGGACUACGACAAGAAGAACUACGUGUGAGGGCCAGGGAGGGACUCUCGGCUACUACCAGCUGCUGGCUCUGCUCCUAACUUGGGACUUUUAAGUAUUAUGCACUUACUGAGGCGCUGGGGCUAAUGAGCUCCGGAUACUGUGACCAGUGAAGACACUAGCUCCUUGGCUUCCCUGAGCCUGGGAAGUGGCCACUCAGUGUCCCCGUGUAACUCGGUUCAUCUGAGGUAACAAAUCCCUCUCAACCAGCCGCAAGGAGCUAAUGUGGAUGCUGGUAUUGAAUAGAAGUGACUGUAAUUAAUAUGGGCUUGUUCACCACUUUACAAUGUGUGUAUAUAUACUGUAUAUUUAGAGAGCUAUUGGCUGUCAGAUUGGUCUCUAUCUCAUGUUGUGGACUUCAGAGCACAAAGGUAGCGCUGUUUGUCAGUGCUGUGAUCAGACGAGGUGGCUGUGUUGUGUGUAAGGGGGGAUCCAGAGAGUCAGUUAUUGUGGGGUUACAAAUUCCUUCCAGACUUUCCCAUCUAUGCAUUUAUGUUAAAUAACAUACUAGUCCCUCAAGGAGAGGCACAUUAUGCUCAUCAUCACCCCAUAUAAAAAAACUAUUCUCCAGUACCUACUUAGGUAUCCCAUUGUAAACUAACAGCUUCUACUCAACCAAAUCUAUUUUAUCCGGACCAGUCAGUGCACAUCAGUCAUACACCUUAAACUUCUGCUUCUGAUGUUUGCUCAGGUAGCAACAUUUUCCAAAGGUGCCUUUAUGAAUUUACAAUAGCAAUUAUAAGAUGUAUAUUUAUAUCUACAACCUGAAACCUUGUCUUUGUGUAUAGAACAUAGAUAGCCCCCAAGAUCUCAAGCAUUUACUGCAGAACAUAUUGAGCAAUUUAAGUCAGCUUAUUUAUUUGGUUUAAAAUUCAACUUUUAUUUUUUUAUUUUAGUUAAUGAGCUUGCAAAUCUCAUGGACAAAAAAUGGUGCGUUACUUUUUUUUAAAAUAAUAAAACUGUAUUUCGAAUUUACCAUAUUUUUAAGCUGCUUACUUACAGCUGUGUUUUGUUGCCACUGCCAUGUGAAUAACAAUAUAUUUCUGCAUCGUGAAUAUUUUGUACAUUACAAAUUUAGUUUUUUUUGGUACCCAUUUAAAAUAUUACACGUUUAUCUGGAUUCAUUUACACCAUUGUAAAUCUGUAUUCAUGGGAAAAGUUCAUUUAUUUAAUAAAAAACAAUUCAGGAAAUACAUUCACCAAAGUCUAUCUGUAUUUUCAAAAUCAAUAAAAAUAAUCUUUUUUUAUUUGUUAA